CGCCAGCUAACGUCUUAUCUCCCGUCUGUAUACGACAUCUGUGACGCAUUGCCCAACUCUGCGUUGCAACGGUGACGGGACAACCUGUCGUUUUCUUCUAACUUUAGUCGAUUGGCUCCGCAUCCUCUCCUGGAUCUUCGAAUCAGAAACACAUAGCCCAAGCUUGACCCCUUUGCAAUCAUGUCUACUGCACAAUCUUUCCAGUCUGGCGGCCAAUCUCCUGGACUCACCCUCAACUUAUCCUCUAACAACCCCUUCCGCAAUCGCGCACCAUCUCCAGCCAGCGCCGACCUACUUUAUUCUAGCAAACCCUCUUCUCCUUUCGACGACCCUCCCCCACGACCAUUAUCACGAAACCCAUUUCUCGACUCGCCGCCUGUCGAUUUACUUUCCCAACCUCUGAGAUCACCGGGCGCCAUGUCAUCUCACUCAGAUUCCAAGUCUCUGUCAGCCGAGGAGAUUUUUAACUCUAUGACACUAGACGAUUCAAACCAGAAUCAAGCAAAACAGCAAGCCCCUCGUCGACCGGUAAACGGCCCGCCACCCCCACGACGUGACGGAAAUGCACCCCCACCUCAGGAUGGCAAGCAUCGCCCAACGCGUUCUCAAGAAGAAGCGCUUCGCGCUCGCAGAAUGCAAGGAGGAUCCGGACAUCGACCUCAACAGAGCUCACCGCAAAGAAAGGACGCACCAAGGCGCCCCCGACGAAACUCUGAAUCCUCUCUAGUCGACUUCGAUGCGCGUCCUAUCACAGAUGAGGAGAAACGAAUGAUCGAAGCUGCCAGACGACGUAAAUACGAACAGCAGCGCCGUGGAGAGGGCAAGGAACGGAGCGAAAGGAGCGACCGUGACCGCGAACGUGAACGUCGUGAACGAGGUGAAAAGGAGAAAUCCAGUCGCCCUAGUCGUAGGAUGGACAUUAUUGACCAACUUGAUGCCACAAGCAUUUACGGGACUGGAGUUUUCCACCAUGACGGCCCCUUUGACGCACUGAACCCUCACCGAAACCGCCAAAACGCAAGGCGUGCGCCAAUGCAGGCCUUCCCCAAAGACUCUCUUAAUAACUCACUUGGCGGUGCUGGACCUCUUAAUGCCCGGGCCGACCAUUCGGUUCUCAUGGGCAAUGCUACAGAGGAGGCGUUCAGAGAUUUCGCCGCUCCCGGCAAGCCCAAGAAAGAGCCAGCCAUUUUCGAUGCUUCGGGUCGUGACAAAAUCGUCCACGGUGACGAGUCGGUUGGUUUAGGCACGUCCACAUUCUUGGAAGGUGCACCUGCUGCACGAAGUGCUAUCCAGCGCCAUCAGGCCGAGCAAGCCCAAGAAACGGGCGAGGGCGGUCUGCAACGAAAGAAGUCACUGGCACAGCGCAUCCGCCACAUUAACAAGGGUCCUCGAGACUACAACCAGUCAGGUCGUGAAUACACCAGAAUUACACCCGACACAUACCCGACAGCUGCCAGCACUGGCUCUGACAACAAUCCAUUCUUUGCCGAGUUUGGUAAGGGAGAGGAGAGCAUCAAUGUUAGACAACGAGACGGAUCUAUGUCAGCCAACAGCCCUCCAGGAGCUAGGCGCCCGUCUGCUGGUGCGGUCUUGGAGAGACGAGUAACGACUGAUGCGACCACCACACUCGAUGAGGCCCCAGCCAAACCCACAGGGCUUAUGGGACGAAUGAAGAGUCUGAAGGGCCGCAGGACUCGGCCAGAAAUCCCUAGCAACGGUCCUGGUGUGCCCGGAACGGCCGUUUAGUGGAGGACAGGUGCCGGGCGACUCCUUGACGCAGGCCGAACUUCAGCACGGCGGCAGUUCAGGCAGGACAGUCUUUUAGAGAACGACAAGGAAGACACAAACGAGAGUGGGUGGAACAACGUUCUUCCCACACGGGACCAAGAAAAUGCGGCGCCAAGGGACAUGGAGAGAUCUAGAACAUACCCUUCGGCUCCUACACAACAAGCCGAGCCAUUUCGGUGUGUUGCAGAGGUCCAGAAAAGUCUCGAGCGAGGGCGUACUAGUCCGAGGAAACGGUAUGAAAAUGCCAUGAGAUAGAUCUGUCUGGUCUAUGCAGAUGCAGACCAAUGUUUCGCCCCCCUUCUUUUUCUUUUCUCCUAUUGUUUUAUUUUGCUUGGGUGAGGAUGACAGCAUGGGUUAUAGGAAAGGAAACCCCACGGAUGGGGUUGCUUGUUCAGUUUUGGAGAUCCAAAUCAAGGCAGUUCUUGAGAAGCAGAACCCCCAAGACCUCAAAGACCAUUGAUGGUAAUGUCAUGAUACCAAGGAAGAAAUGGGGCUGCAGAAAUCUGAAAGGCUGUCAUGAAACCCUUUUUUGUAUGUUUUAUAUCAGGACUUGAUGUCUAAAUUGCGGACGCAGUACUACAAACAAAUACCACGUUAUUGAUCAUUGUGUACAUUUAA